GUCAUUUUGAAGCACUUCUAAGACAACUUCAAGGCCCAACUUGAAAGCUCAGGCUGCGGUUCUUUUCGUGUCGCGCACUCGACAUUGUGUAUCGCGCACUCGACGUUGUGUAUCGCGCACUCGCGUCAUACAUAUGUGGCUAUAUAUAGCCCGAUCAGCAAAUCUAUUCAUUCUCCCUUGCGUUUCCGAGUCCCGGAGUUCUGUGGCGCCCACCCAAUGCUUAGCACCUGAAGUCAACAUAGUAGCAAACAUUGCCUCGAGGCCAGCGCGCACCCUAAUUCUCCAACUUCUUGUCUUACACUACUUUGAUCAUUAGCCUCAACUAUUCACCAUGAACAACCCCAUUCAAUUGGGGAACUCUGAGCCGAGGUCAGUUCCUCAUCCAGACAUAGAGACACCCAAUGAAACAAAUACUGCUGAACGCCGGGGCCGACCCCGUGGCAAAAUCUGUGGCUUGCUGGGCAGGGUUAAGAAUGGUGUUGUCAAAAAGAUUUCACGCUCAAAGUUCAACGAUUCACGCAGCCACAACCCCGCUCAGGAUACUUCUACUGUUGUGCAACAAGGCGCCGAUCCCCAAUCUGUGAACAAGGCACUUCAGGAUGCUGGUCAUGGUGCAGAUCAGAUGAACCAAAUUUGGGGACAUGCGAGACCCGUGUUAUCCGCAGGCACAAAAGGACCAGCAGCGCUCGAUAAUAUAGACAGCAUAGGUACCACUUAUCUUCAACCCCUCAGGGUAUUCGACACUGUGAUCGGGACGAUAGCAGAGGUGCAUCCGUAUGCAAAGAUGGCAUUGGGCGUGCUUUCUUGCGCAUCAAAAAUAAUUCUUGCUCAAGCGGAUCGUGACGAAGCGGUACUUGUCCUCUACAAGAAGUUGGGUCAAGUGUAUGGCUUCAUAACGCAAGACGACACGCUUCUCAAAAUUUCGUCAAUGAGGGACAUCUUGGGACAGAUCUCUCAGCAGGCCCUAGAAUGCGCUAAUUUCAUCAGAGAAGAAAAGCUUUUGUGAAUCUCCAACAAGUCAUUACACUUGACAGAUUUUCAAUUGACCCAAUCGUCGGCUCUUAUUCUGGGUACCACCCGCUUCUCAAAAGGCAUUCAGAUAUAAUCCUCGGACUGCAUUUGUGAUACCCAGAGGUGUUGAGCUUGAUUUAAGUCGCAUGGCACACGGCACACACUGGCAACACUGCUACAAGGACUCUUCAUCACGAUAGCCUCGUUCCGGUAAACUAAUUGGCGGAGCUGCCAGAGACACUUUGUGGAGUACGAUAUGGAGUGUACAGUUGAUCUGUCGUCUGUUAUAUAUGUACGUAGCGUUGCAUUUGAAUUCGGGGGGUUUGAGCGAGC